AUGGUAGAUCCGUACAAACUUUUGAGCAAGCUUGAUCCAUGCUUAGGAGUAAACAGCAGUGACCCCCGACCUUUGGUGACCCUAACCUCUGGACUUCAGGUCAUGUGUGACACAGUGACAGACGGUGGAGGAUGGACCAUUUUCCAAAGACGUGUUUCUGGGACUGUAGAUUUUAAUAGGAGUUGGGCGGAAUACAAAAAUGGGUUUGGGGAUUUUAGUUCAGGUAAUUUUUACCUGGGCAAUGAGAACAUUUAUUUCUUAACGUCAAACCGUCAAACAGAACUCAGAGUGGAUAUGGUCUUCAGUGGAACAAAAUAUUUUGCCAAGUAUUCCAGCUUCAACAUUUCUAGCGAGACAGACGGCUACAGGCUACAUGUUAGUGGCUACACGGGAAAUACUGAGGACGGUCUAUACUACCACAAUGGUAUGAUGUUUUCUUCAUAUGACCGCGAUAAUGACAUGUAUAGUGGUAACUGUGCAGCUCAACUUAUAGGAGCUUGGUGGUUUAACGAUUGCGCUAACUCUUAUCUUUACGCUGUUUGGGGUACAAACAAUUUACACUGGAAUGCCCUGUAA